AUGUCUAUGGACACAGAACUGAAGGUCAUAGAAGAAAUAGAAAGGUUGCUCAAGGCAGGAUUCAUCAGACCAGCCAUUUAUGCUGAUUGGCUAGCCAAUAUUGUACCGGUUCUCAAAAGAAAAACAUGGGUAGUUAGAAUCUGUGAGGAUUACAGAAAUCUAAAUGAAACAUCUUCCAAAGAUAAAUACCCUAUGCCAAUGGCAGACAUGCUAGUAGAUGGAGCUGCUCAUAACCAGAUGCUAUCUUUUAUGGAUGGCAAUGCAGGUUACAAUCGGAUUAUGGCGGUAGAAGAAGACAUCCACAAGAUAGCUUUCAUGUGCCCAGGACAUAUAGGUGCUUUUGAAUACACUGUAAUGCCUUUUGGUUUAAGAAAUGCAGGAGCCACUUAUCAAAGAGCAAUGAAUUCUUUGGAAGUGUAUAUAGAUGAUGUGGUGAUUAAAUCCCCAGAGGAGGGAAAUCAUACAUCAAAUCUGAGAAGGGCAUUCCUAAGAAUGAGGCAACAUAAACUGAAAAUGAACUCCAAGAAAUGUGUUUUUGGAGUUCAAGCAUGA